AAAUGUCCGAAUCUGCUUCACAAACGGCAGAUGAUAUCAGUCCGGAUGAUACGAUCAAAAUAUUGGUGGCCAGUGAUAUACACUUGGGAUUCAAUGAGAAGGAUCCAAUCCGGGGCAACGAUAGUUUUAUUGCAUUCGAGGAGGUGUUACAGCACGCGCUUGAAAAUGAGGUGGACGCCCUAUUGCUCGGCGGGGAUUUAUUUCACGUGGCGAAUCCUUCCACCAACACGCUGGACCGGUGUUUUCGUUUGCUGAAAACAUACACGCUCGGCGACAAACCUAUUAGGUUGGAAUUUCUCAGCGAUCAAAACGAUAACUUCCUUGAAUCGUUGAGUCACACGGUCAAUUAUGAGGAUCCGAACAUGAACAUUGCCAUACCGGUGUUUUCCAUCCACGGUAACCAUGACGAUUCGGGCGGCGCUGGACGUGUCAGCUCGAUGAAUCUGCUCAGCACGAACGGUUAUGUGAAUUACUUUGGCAAAUGGACCGAUCUGAGCAAGAUUGACAUCCGGCCAAUAUUGUUGCGCAAGGGCGAAACGAAGCUGGCCCUGUACGGGCUCAGCUAUAUGAGCGAUGCCCGCCUCUGCCGGCUGUUGGACGAUGCGAAAGUAUUCAUAGAAAAGCCGGAUGAGCCGGGUUUCUUUAGCAUAAUGGUGCUGCACCAGAAUCGAGCGGAACGGGGACCAAAGAACUACCUGCCGGAAAGCUCUUUACCGCAGUUUCUGGACCUGGUUAUAUGGGGCCAUGAGCACGAUUGCCGUAUAGAGCCGGAGGAGAAUUCGGCGAAGAAGUUUUACGUCAGUCAGCCGGGUUCAACGGUGGCUACGUCACUGUCCGAAGGUGAAGCGAUACAAAAGUGCUGCGGGUUGCUAAGCAUUCACAAGGGCUUGUUCCGGAUGGAUCCGAUACCGCUGAAAUCGGUACGCCCGUUCGUGUUUGAAUCGGUCGAUUUGGCCACGGUUCAGGAGGAACUGGCGCUGGACGAAGGGGACGUACAGCAGCGAGUCCAAGACUUUGCCACCGAACGUAUCGAAGCGAUGAUCGAGCGUGCCAAGACGAAGCUUACGGGAUACGCCCGACAACCGAAGCUACCGCUCAUACGGCUCCGACUGGGACUGACAGAAGUCGAGCAACAGUUCAAUGCCAUCCGGUUCGGUUUUCGAUACCAUGGACGUGUUGCUAAUCCGCAGGAUAUGGUAAUCUUUAAGAAGAACCCCAAGGUGAAGGUAAAGGACGAACUGGGCAAUGCGCUCGAUAAGGCCGCACUGCAGGAAGCGUACCGGAACCAGCGUGAACAGCGUGCCCAACGUGCGGAAGAAAUUGUCGAUCUUUACUUUCGUGAGGCGAACGCCACGAACCAGCUAGAGGUACUGGGUUCUCGCAGCGUGACCGAACUGUGCCGGCGGAUGGUCGAUUACGAGGAUGAUGAUGCGCCCGACAAGAUUAUAAAGUUUUACGAAGAUAAAGCGCUUAGCUUUCUGCGCUCACAGGACAGCACAAGCGAGGAAGGGAUGUGUGAGGCUUUGGCAGGUUUUCAUGCGGGUGAUCCGGAUAUGCAUGAAAAGAUGCUGAAGAUGUUGGAUGCACGCUCGAAUCAACAGGAUGUGGCCGAUCCAUUGCAGCGUUUUCGAAAUCUUGAUGAGGGUGGUACAUCCGUCGGGAAUGAUCCAUCAUCAUCGUCGGCAAGGGGAGAUCCGGCAGCAGCUAGUAAACCGGCACGUGGUGCACGUGGUGCACGUGGCGGGCGAGGAUCACGAGGCGGAGGAACGGCUCGCGGUGCGAGUAAAGCUGCAGCAACGACUGCCAGUAGUAGUACACGUGGUCGAACGCAGACUUCGAUCAGUUCCAUGUUUAGCCAGCAGUCGGCGAACAACAGUAUCGCUAGUGUGGCCACACGAACUUCGUUUAGGAAAAAGGCCACACAGAAGGUGCGUGAAAUGGAUUUCGAUUCAGACGAUGAAUGA